UCUCCACACUCCAAGGCCCAGGCUCCUGGUGUGCCUGCCUGCAGCUUGGGCAGUAUCUGGCUGGCAGGUGACUCUUGCAAGACCCAGAGUAGCCACGGCCUGCGGAGGACAUGUCAGACUAUGAGAAUGAGGACGAGUGCUGGAGUGCCCUGGAGAGCUUCCGGGUGAAGCUCAUCUCUGUCAUUGACCCCUCACGCAUCACACCCUAUCUGCGGCAGUGCAAGGUCCUGAACCCAGACGACGAGGAACAGGUGCUCAGUGACCCCAACCUGGUCAUCCGUAAGCGGAAAGUGGGUGUGCUCCUGGACAUCCUGCAGCGAACAGGCCACAAGGGCUAUGUGGCCUUCCUUGAGAGCCUGGAGCUGUACUACCCACAGCUGUACAGGAAGGUCACGGGCAAGGAGCCCACACGGGUCUUCUCCAUGAUCAUCGAUGCAUCAGGGGAGUCAGGCCUGACGCAGCUGCUGAUGACCGAGGUCAUGAAGCUGCAGAAGAAAGUGCAGGACCUGACGGCACUGCUGAGCUCCAAGGAUGACUUCAUCAAGGAGCUGCGCGUGAAGGACAGCCUGCUCCGCAAGCACCAGGAGCGUGUGCAGCGGCUCAAGGAGGAGUCCGAGCUGAGCAGCCGGGAGCUGAAGCGAUGCAAGGAUGAAAACUACGACCUGGCCAUGCGCCUGGCACACCUGAGCGAAGAGAAGGGCGCAGCGCUCAUGCGGAACCGUGACCUGCAGCUUGAGGUGGACCGGCUCAGGCACAGCCUCAUGAAGGCAGAGGAUGACUGCAAGGUGGAACGCAAACACACCCUGAAGCUGAGGCACGCCAUGGAGCAGCGGCCCAGCCAGGAGCUGCUAUGGGAGCUGCAACAGGAAAAGGCUCUGCUGCAGGCCCGGGUGCAGGAGCUGGAGGCCUCUGUGCAGGAGGGGAAACCGAACAAGAACAGCCCCUACAUCCAAGUACUGGAGGAGGACUGGCACCAGGCGCUGCAGGAGCACCAGGAGCAGGCCAGCACCAUCUUCUCCCUCCGCAAGGACCUCCGCCAAGCCGAGGCCCUCCGCGCCCGGUGCACGGAGGAGAAGGAGAUGUUCGAGCUGCAGUGCCUGGCCUUGCGUAAGGACUCCAAGAUGUACAAGGACCGCAUCGAGGCCAUCUUGCAGCAGAUGGAGGAGCUUGCCAUUGAGCGGGACCAGGCCAUGUCCUCCCGGGAAGAGCUGCACGCACAGUGUGCCCGGAGCUUUCAGGAGAAAGACGAGCUGCGCAAACACAUCCGAGAGCUGGGGGAGAAGGCGGAUGAGCUGCAGCUGCAGCUGUUCCAGAGUGAGGGCCGGCUGCUGGCUGCUGAGGGCAGACUCAAGCAGCAGCAUCUGGACGCACUCAUCCUGAGCUCUGACCUAGAGGACAGUUCACCCAGAAACUCCCAGGAGCUCUCACUGCCCCAGGACCUGGAGGAGGAUGCCCAGCUCUCAGACAAAGGUGGCCUGGUGGACAGGGAGAGCCCAGAGCAGCCUUUCUUGGCUCUGCGCAAGGAACAGCUUUCACAGACACAUGACACGGGCCCCAGCAGUGGGGAGCCUCCGGAGAAGGAGCGGAGGCGCCUCAAGGAGAGCUUUGAGAACUACCGCAGGAAGCGGGCCCUCCGGAAGAUGCAGAACGGCUGGCGGCAGGGGGAGGGGGACCGCGGGAACACCACGGGCAGCGACAACACAGACACCGAGGGCUCCUAGCGGACCCCGCGCCGAGGCUGAGCACCGACGUCACUCUGAAAGGCUGCUGCAUUUUUAUUGCACGCUAGUCAUGCGUCGUGCAAGUGCGGGCAAAUGCAACCAAGUCAAUAAAAUGAGCACUGAACGCACACCGA